AUUCAAUCUAUCUGAGGAUAUGAGAUGAAAAUCCAGCCGCCUAGUUUUUCUUGGUAUAGAUACCGCCAUUUUUCCAUCUAUGCCUUCGCCUUCCUUCAUGAUGAAAUCCGUGGUUGUUUGAAGAGUGGACGAAAAUAACUGACAAGACGAAAUAUUGACAGAUGGAAGUGUGUCGUUCCAUUCAAAAGGAGAAAGCAAUUGAAGACCUAAGCUUCUCUUGGUGAAAUGUUUAGUGUCGUAGAGUUCGUGAAGUAUGCACGUAUCCGUUCAUUAAGGUUGCGAUCUAGUUAUUGAUCACGAACUUUGGCAGUGCCAGUUCGAUCAAUCUCAUGUUCGUUCACUUUUUCUCCGAGGGGAUUUCCUCACAGUGGUGUUGCUAGUGGAAAAGCGCCUUGGCUUUUGUGACUUCGCACAAUACCAAGCAACAUCCCCAAAGAUUUGGGCAUGGCAUACAGGGUGUAUGAUUCUUGGCCUUCUGCAAUUGCAGUAAACGAUUUCAACAUCGGUGUCUCGAACGAUGUUUCUCUCAAGCGCCUAUUCAACGUAGCCACACCGUUAAACGUCUUGGCCGUCAAUUUCGAUAUGCAACUAUUUCAUCGUUCACCCCUGGAUCUUCCACCAUCCAGAUGCUCGAAUUGAUGACGAAAUGCCUGGUGGAAAGAUUAAGGAGAACUUCUAGAUCCUCUUUUGCAUUGAACUAGUAGGAUGGGAUCAAUAGUAGGUAAACUUGGCGGCGUCGAGGUGUACUUCGUGAUUUCACUAUAAAGUGAAAGGUACAUCCAACGAUCUAAUAGCAUCACUUCCAUCUUCACUUCCACAGUUCUCUACACUUUCAACUACUUACAUUCUUUAAACAUUUCUUUAUCUCCUAGUGAGCCAUUUCAGUCUUUUACCAUUAUUCAAUAUGAAGUUCUCAGUCAUUUCCGCUGGUCUUUUGGCCGCAUUCGCCGCUGCUGCUCCAACCCCAACAUCUGAAGAAAGUGUCAACCGCGCUGCUAUUGCCAAACGUUCCACUAUUACCGACGCUUGCAACAUCGGAUACGCCAGCACUAACGGUGGUACCAAGGGAGGAGCUGGAGGAACCACCACUACUGUUUCCACCUAUGCUCAAUUCACCAAGGCAGCCACUGCAGGAAAGUCUGUUGUUGUGCUUGCAGGCCCUAUCACCCAAGCUGCACCCCAGGUCAAGGUUGCUAGUGAUACCACCAUUAUUGGUAAAAACUCCAAGGCGGUCUUGACUGGUUUCGGAUUGUAAGAGCUCACUCGCCCGUCUUGAUUUACGAUGAUCUAACAAUGUCACAGGCUCGUUAAGGGACAAAAGAACGUCAUUAUCCGCAACCUUGGUAUCAAGCUAGUUCUUGCCGCUAACGGUGAUGCUCUUGGAAUCCGUAUGUUCUGCUUCCACAUCCACUCACUUCAACAUAUGAAACUAACCUCCACAUUAGAAAAAUCCACCAACGUCUGGGUUGACCACGUUGAUCUCUCCUCCAACCGCGACCAUGACAAGGACUACUACGACGGACUCUUCGACGUAACACAUGCAGCCGACUUCGUCACCUUCUCCAACUCCUUCAUCCACGACCACUGGAAGGCCUCCCUCAUCGGCCACUCCGACUCCAACAAAGCCGAAGAUACCGGACAUCUCCGCGUCACCUACGCCAACAACUUCUGGCAAAACGUCAACUCCCGUGGUCCAUCUAUCCGUUUCGGUACUGCUCACAUCUACAACUCUUACCACAACAACGUCGCCGAUGGUAUCAACACUCGUGAUGGUGCUCAAGCACUUGUUGAAUCUAACGUCUGGGUCAACUCCAAGAAGGCUUUGUACAGCACCAAUGCUGGAUAUGCUGUGGCCAACGGAAACGACUUUGGAUCAUCCGCCAACGAAGCUACUAAGGGUACAUUGAGUGCCAGCAAGUUGGGAUACUCCUACACACUUUUGGGAAGCAACAAGGUCAAGGCUGCCGUUGUCGGCACCGCUGGUGUUACCUUGAGCUUCUAGAUGUUAUCUUGAGUCAGCAGUACUUUUGAGUGCUAUUUUUGACAUGUGAGGACUUUCUGGGAAAAGGCACGCUGCUGCAGCGCGGAUUCUUUUUUAAUUCUUAUUUACAUUUUUUAGGUCAUGGACUGUACAUACCCAUACGAGGCUAGACGGACUGGUCAAUUGAAUAUUAUCUUUCGUAUAUU